UCUUGUGGGUAUUUUUGUUGUUGUUCUGGCUUUUUGGGUUGCUUAGCAACAAUAUCCUGUCUGCAAAUUUGUGGCAUCUGCGCCGAGUGUGAGCUAUUAACAUGUUUGUAAAAAUUAAGUCCAAUUAAUGUUUCAUCUGCAGAGCUCUAAAAUUAAAUGGCUUCCUCCUUUUCCUUUUUUUUCUUCUACGCAUUCCUUGGUUUUAGAAAAAGUGAGGUCAGAUUUACGUCUUAGAACAGCGAUAAAUCAUAAGUUGGUAUUUCAGUACUUCUCAAAUAAAGAGCUGGCGUUUUCAAAUGGAGAGCACAGCAGAAUUGGGCAACUUAAACACAAGUGGCUUUCAAAGGUCAUGUAAUUCUAUCUCUGUGGUUAGUGGCUUAAUGCGCUGGGUGAACAAUUGUCUGCGAACGAUUAUGUAUCUUCCAAUUAAACCGCUGAACAAAGCACCCAGUGUCAGAAAUCUUACUUGAUGACUGGUAGAACUGUGUAAGAAGGGUUUAAAAGAGAGAACCAGAUACACUUCCGCAGACUUCAUUUUUCGUCCUCGCAGCUCCAUAUCUCAGGAGUUCUACCGGAAUCUAACCUGCAGCUUCAAAAGUAGAAAAAGUGAAUAUAGGAGGGGCUGGACCCAAGCAGCUUCUGUAAGGAGACAUGGUACGGUCACUGAGUAGUCAGCGGAGAGGAAUGGGCUCCCACAGACAGUAAGUCAUCGGCUCUCUGAGAUGUGUCUUAGGGUGAGAUGAAUCACCUCUCUUUCUGCAGUGACAGAAGAGAGCCAAGCGUGGCUAGACAGCCUCUCAUUUUCAGGGUAAUAAAAGUUCAGUGAGAUUAAUCCCACUCCACAGAAUUUUAUUUUUUUCCCGUGGUGAUACAGUAUAUUUUGCCUUUGAUCUGUUUUGGCAAAGAAGGUGUUUUAGAGGGAGGCAUCUGUGGCAGUCCUUACUCAAGCAAGGUUCACAUUGACUCCAAUGAGAGGACAGGGUGAGAAAACACUGCCGGACUUCUCCAGCUGUGUCUGUGUGACAAGAAAACCAUUUAACAAUGAAAAAAUUCACACUGUUUGAUUUUGUAAAUGACAACUCGCUCCAAAUUGGAGAGACUUCGUGGAUUCAGGAUCUUCCCAGUGAUGACAGUGAACUAGAAAGACUUCUGAAACCAAAUGAGCACGUGUUAGUAAACUGGCCUGUGGGAGAAAGAAAGACAGAAAAGCACCUAGUGAAGGUUGUGUACAUGAGUGAUGACCCCCAAGAGUUGGUGGAAAUGAUGCAAAAGAUACUACAAGCAGAUGAAAUUACAAAAAUACAAGUUGUUGGAAAAGGCAAGAGGAAGAGAAUAGAAAUGAUUUUCUCAGAAAGUGAAGACAGUGACCUGGAUAAAGAGCAGGAGAAGAUGAUGAAGCAUAUAAAAAGAAAGAAAUCAUUUCAGGCAUCUGCCCCUGCCAACAUCCUCAGUCAACUUGAAACAUCUUUAAUUAACAAACAGAGAGAACCAUAUUCAGGAAGCAACUUUCUGUACAGUGAAAGCAGCAGUGAUGAUGAAGAGCCUUUAUUUCAACUAUCCAAGGUAGAACUGUGUGCCAAAAUAAAAAGUCUCAAGAGAAAGCUGACAGACACCAUGAGAGAAAACUGCCGCCUAAGGCAGUCCCUGGUAAUGCUUCAAGUGUUGCCACAGGCAGUCACUCAUUUUGAGGAACUGGUAGGAAUGGCUGAAGCACUGCUCAAAGGGGGAGUGACAACAUCUACAUCUAGUCUUCAUUCACAUGCUGUUUGGAAAGCGUCUAACAGUUCUUUAGCAGAUACAUACGCAGCUAUGCAUAGUAACUCCAGCUCACCAAUAACUUUGAAUGGAGAAGAUGAGGAGCAACAGACUGAAAAACAGUUCAAGAUCGAAAAGUGGCAGAUUGCACUUUGUAACAAGAGCAAACCUCAAAAGUUUAUAAAUGACUUGAUGCAAGCACUUUACACACAUGAGUACAUGGCUACGCACAGCCUGACAGGUGCAAAAUCCUCCUCUUCAAAGGAUAAAGCAGCAAAACCAGCUAUGAAUCAGAAUGAAGUUCAGGAAAUCAUAGGCAUCACAAAACAGUUGUUUCCAAACACAGACGAUGCUUUAAUUAGGCGAAUGAUGGGACAAAAACUGAACAAUUGCACCAAGAAGCCAAUUUUAGGCAAAGAUCUUAACUCAGGUGCUUUUCAGAAGCAUGGCUUUUGUGGUUCAACAGCUGCUCCUCAGGGCAUCAUCCCUUCGGCUGUUCCUCCCAGCACUCAAGACCAGCAGGAUGAUGAUUCACCAGCUGCUGCUGCACAAAUUCAGCAAAGCCACAGCCGUCUGACUCCUCCACCUCCCAGCACAGAAGGUCAGCAGGAGGGUUUCAAACCCACUUCUUCUAAGGUGGAGCCUCAUCUCUCCAGCAGUUCACCAGCGCCCUCUGCCAACCAGGGUUGCAGACAGGACCUCAGGAAUUUGGAUAAGGAGUAACAGGAUGUGCUUCGUACCAGUUCUUCGAUGGAGACAAAGGAGUAGUACAAAAUUAAAAUGAAAUAAUAUUUAUGGGGCCUAGCAACAGAGAACAGAGGUACUGCAAGCAGAAUAGAAGCCUGGGAACCUUUUUCUCGAAUGAGUGAAAAUCCCACAGCAUAGAAAAAAAAUGAAGGCAUAUUAAUAUCUUUAAGAUAUUAUUAAAUAUAUGCAUGUUAUACUGUAUUUCAGAAAAUAUAAACUUGAUCCAAAGAAUACAAGAAGAGUUCCCCUUAGUUAGAAAAACACUAUAUUAUUUAAAGUAACACCAAAAGAAUUUAUAAGAGGAACCUUAAUUCCCUUGCUUUCACCUUGACAGCUGAUGGAAAACUGCUUUACCAAUUAGAGAAAGCUAUUGCAUACUAAUACAAAAGAGAUACAGAGGUAUAAAAACAGAGCAGAAAAAAAUCCUAGUGAAUGAAAACUAUGACCAGCACAGGGUUGGAAAACACAGAGCCACAUGAACAGAGAAAUAGUAGUGCAAUAGGUAUUUAAGGAUGCUGUUAAUUUAGAAAGAAUAAAAUGUUAUCAGGGCAAUGAAACUGCACUUCCCAAGAUGUCUGCAAGAAAGAAGCAGCUCCUUUUUAACCUCCAGAAGGUAGAAAGACAAUGAAAGAAGGCAUGUUUCUUCUUAGCUCAGGGAAGAGUCCUCCAGGAUAGCCUGUGGAGGCCAUGGCUUCUCUCCCAGCCCUUUUGCUGCUGCUACUCUGUUUUGGCAGCUGUCGCUUUUUUCCCUGAACAUCAGGUCCUGAGGGUAAGGGUGACAGAUCCCUCCAGUCAAGGGAUGGAGGAUUAUCUCUUGGAAGCAACUAGUAAAGGACAGAGGUGCCAGCUUCUGCUCCCUCUGUCUAGAUUUUGGUAUGCUGCUCUUUGGUUAGAGGGUGGGUGAAGAGGCAGAGCAUUCCUUGUGGGGUCGGUACCAGAAAUCCCCCAGCAGUUGGGCAAUUCCGCUUGAGCUCUCUAAUACCGUUUGUCCCAGGGGCACAACUGGUGGUCAUGCACCCUGUAAUUGCCUGUGGAGGAGGAGUGGUACUUUUUUUCCUCCUUGUUGACUGAUUCCAGUUUUACAGCAUCCUGCUAGAGAGAACACUUGGGUUAUAGGGGUUAUAACUUUCACGCUUGAGGAUAUUUCUCCCAGAACAGAGAGUACUAACAGGUAAAUCUAUAUGGCAAAUAUACUUGGCAAACAAGCAACUAAUGAAUCAAGAUGGAGGGGGAAAAAAAGGAAAAAAAUUAUUAAAAAAAAAAAAAAAAGCUUGAUUUGAGGAAGAUUUCUAGAAUUAGAAAUGGGGUAAGUGCCAGGAAAAAAAAGAAUCUGAAGACAAGUUUUGCAGCUGAAUACCUCUGAAGGGAAGUGCUGCAAACUACCUUCAUUAGAACAAGGCACUAAUCAAAUGCACUGUUAGUUCUGGAUGAGAUGGGGUAUGACUGAAGAGAUCUGCUAGCCUUUUUCAUCUCUCAUGUCCAUCAAUUCCUUGUAGAUAAGGUUAAGAUGAAAGCAGGUAUGACAGUGUGAUGUAAGUUCUAUCUCACAUUAUUAACUACCAUCCAUAAAAUGUAACGGGAAGAUGUUUGCUAUUAUGUAUAUUUUGUAUAUGUACCUGUAUGUACAGCAUAUAAGGAUGUAUAUACUUAAUCAUAUUUUUGAAGCAACUUUCUAUCAAAUAAAAUUAAAUAUUACUA